CAGGUAUAGAGAACUGUCGAUUGUCAAUAGGGAUAAUCCUAAACUAAAGAGUUAUUUAAAGAAGAAGAAAAUGAUGUUUGGACUUCCACUGAUAUUAAGCGUUAUGGUCCUUCUAAUGGCGCAGGAGAAAUAUGCCCAGUCAAUAUCCCAGGGUGUCGAGGAAUUUUCCCUUACUCUCCUACAGCACGUAUCGAUCGAAACGGAAAGGGAGAACAGGAACUUCAUGAUAUCGCCCUUCUCCGUUUGGUCACUCCUGGUGCUGCUCCUGGAAGGAUCGGAUGGAGAAACGCUUUACCAGCUAUAUCAGACCCUAAGGAUAAAUAUUGGUAAUGUGCGAGAACUGCGCCAGUUCUAUAGUGAAAGAAACCAGCUCCUAAAUACCAAAACAUCCGAAGUCGAGGUGGCCACCCUGCACGCAAUUUUAACGGACCAUCGUUUACCCAUUGAGCACAAUUACAAGAACGUCAUGAUGACAACCUACAAAGUGCAACCUGUUGAAGUAGAUUUCAGUGACCCAGCUACGGCGCUGAAGAUCAACGAGCUUGUACGUCGCUUCAGCCGAGGUCUUAUUCCUUAUACAAUUCUUCCAAACGACAUUUAUGGAGCCAAAAUGUUUCUGCUCUCCGCCCUCUUCUUCAAGGGCCAGUGGAAGUUCCCCUUUAACAAGACUCUGACGAGAGAGGAGCCCUUCUUCAGCGAGAGCGGCGAGGUGAUCGGCAAAAUACCCAUGAUGGUGCAGGAAGCGAACUUCGCCUACGUCUCCAACAUCGAGGGUCUGGAUGGCUACGUCCUGGAGCUGCCCUACGGCACCCAGGACCGACUGGCGAUGCUCGUGGUGCUGCCCAAGCGGGGAUUCAAGUUGAGCACCGUGGCCAACAAUCUGAAGACUCUGGGACUGCGACCUAUUCUUCAGAAGCUAGCGGCCUUCAGGAACAGGGACACCGAGGACAACGAAGUGGAGGUCAUGAUGCCCAAGUUCAUAACUACCACGGACUUUACACUCAAGGGAACGCUAAUCAAGAUGGGCAUUCGGGAUCUGUUCGAUGAUAGUACCGCUAACCUGAGCCGCAUUUCCUCCGGAUUAUUCGCCAAUCUGAUCGUCCACUCCACCAAGAUCAUCGUGGAUGAGCAGGGAACCACGGCGGCAGCUGUCACAGAGGCUUCGCUGGUCAACAAGGCCACCCCUCCCAAGUUCCAGCUGAACAGGCCCUUUCAGUACAUGAUCGUGGAGAAGGCCACCGGCCUGAUGCUCUUCGCCGGCCAAUUUCGGAACCCCAAGGUGGUUUAGAGAUCUGAGCCUGACUUUACUCACAUACCACAAUAAAAACAAGAGAGAACGCUA